CUCUCUCUCUCUCGUCUUCCGAGGCUGCUUCGGUUUCUUUUGUUUUUAAAAACAGAAGACUUUGAAAUCCAUAAUCAUCUCCUCCUUUUUGGCCUUUGCCGCCCCCCACUCCCUUAUCUCGUUCUCAUUUGCUCUCUCUCUAUAAAACUGUGAUGAUGGGGGAGGAAGGAGAGGGAGCUCGACCUCCGGCUCUGUCGUUGUCUCCUUCGAGUUUUCUUGCUUGAUUCGGUAGUCUUCUUCUUGUAUUAUUAGUAGUGAGAUCUCUUUAACUUGAAAGAAUCUAGAGAUCCAGGUUUAGGGGAGCCGAUUUUAUCGGAAAAACCGUGGGCAACCUACAGGCCCCAAAAUGGAUCAGUAUGAGGUUUUGGAGCAGAUAGGAAAAGGAGCAUUCGGUUCAGCUCUUCUGGUGAGGCAUAAGGUUGAGAAAAAGAGGUAUGUCCUGAAGAAGAUCCGGCUUGCCCGCCAGACUGAUAGGUGCCGCAGGUCUGCUCACCAAGAAAUGGAGCUUAUUGCUCAAGUGAGGAGCCCAUUUAUUGUGGAAUACAAAGAUUCCUGGGUCGAGAAGGGAUGCUACGUGUGCAUUAUAAUAGGUUAUUGUGAGGGAGGGGACAUGGCAGAAGCUAUAAAGAAGGCCAGUGGAAAAUAUUUCCCUGAAGAGUUUUUCACUCUCUUUGUACCCCUCUAUGUGCAGAAGCUUUGCAAGUGGCUUGUGCAGCUCCUUAUGGCACUUGAUUACUUGCACAUGAACCAUAUUCUUCACCGUGAUGUAAAGUGUUCAAAUAUAUUCCUUACAAAAGAUCAGAACAUACGACUUGGUGAUUUUGGGCUUGCUAAAAUGCUGACCUCUGAUGAUCUCGCAUCCUCAGUUGUGGGAACUCCCAGCUACAUGUGCCCAGAGCUUCUUGCUGAUAUACCUUAUGGCUCUAAGUCAGAUAUCUGGUCUCUAGGGUGCUGUAUAUACGAGAUGACUGCUCUUAAGCCUGCAUUCAAAGCUUUUGAUAUGCAAGCUCUUAUAAACAAAAUUAACAAGUCCAUAGUGGCGCCUUUACCGAGUACAUAUUCUGGUCCAUUUAGGGGACUCAUCAAAAGCAUGCUGCGCAAGAGCCCAGAACACAGGCCAAGUGCUGCAGAACUGCUCAGGCACCCACAACUUCAGGCUUAUGUGCUUCAAGUCCAUUUAAAGACUAGCGCUACUCGCAAUAUGCUUCCUAUUGAACAGCCUGCAAGCAAGCACAUAAAGAAAAUUAGAUUUCCUGAUGACGAAGGUGCUUCUGCAUGCAAGGAGAAGGAGAGAAGGCAAUCUUUUGGCAAUGAGAGGAUCUUCAAACAGAACAAGCCUGCAGCGGAGCAAAACUCUAAAAGUUCUACACAAAGCAUAAAUGAUUAUCCAAAUUAUCUGAAUCAAAGGAUAAAAGAAUUAUCGGUUGGUAGUAAUCAGGUUGGAGAGAUUGGUGUCGACAAGGCAGUCAAUACAAAGCAGUCUACCACCAUGAAGACCCUGAGAUAUACUCCUGCCAAAACCUUCACAACUCCAAGGAAGGGAAUAGAGCCACCAAAAGCAUUUCAUACUGGACCAAAUCGUGAUGUGCUCAAACCAUCACAAACUCCAGCAGAUAGAAGUUCUUGGCCCAGUCGAAGAGCAUCUCUUCCUUUGCCUACAUUUGAAACCCCCCAUCGACGUAAUAUCAGUAUUCUCCACCAUGUGAAUUCUCCUGAUGUUUCCGUCAAUGCGCCUAGAAUAGAUAGAAUUGCUGAGUUCCCAUUAGCCUCGUCUGAAGAUCCCCUGUUCUCCAUCCAUAAACUCUCAUCAGCUCAAGGCUCCUCUUCUGCCAGCCCUCACUAUGGUGACCGUACCAUCACAAAGGAUAAAUGCACCAUCCAAAUCUUUCGGACAGAAGCAGAAAAUGGGAGUGAUUCGUCAGACCGAAAUCCAACAGCUGUGGAUGUUUCAAGCCGGGGAUCAACAGAAUCCAGGCAGCGGAGGUUUGACACUUCAUCAUACCAGCAGCGGGCAGAGGCCCUGGAAGGAUUGCUUGAGUUCAGUGCACAGUUGUUACAGCAGGAAAGAUUUGAAGAGUUGUCAGUGCUCUUAAAGCCAUUUGGUCCUGAAAAGGUCUCUCCAAGGGAAACAGCUAUAUGGCUGACAAAGAGCUUCAAAGAAACAACAAUAUAGUAUAGGGACUUAGGCCUGCUGCCUGCUGCCUGCUGCUUAGAGACCAAAGUCAGGUGCCCACCAUACCGCAUUGUUAACACUAGGUAUCCUGGGACCUUUUCAUCAGUUUUGUGAUGUGAAGCAGCUGGAUAGGCUGACCAUGUAGCAUGGAGUUGGUUGUUGAUUUUCUUCAGCAUCAUACUUGUAGCAGGUUGUGAUGAUUUCUUCCUUUUCUAGUCUCAUCUCCCUAUUUUCCCAUGUACAAAGAUCUCCAUUUAGGUGACCUUGGAUAGAGAAUUUAGGGGUGCAGGUGCUGGGAAGAUGGUAUCUUGGUGCAAUAUGGCUGGGCAACUAAAGUUCACACACUAGCUUCUGAUUCAUGUGCAAGCAGAGACUGUCAUCUGGAAGCAAAAUGUAUUUUGCUUUUGUUGCUGGUUCCACUACGACCACGACUAUAAUUUAGCACCAUUAAUACGUAUGAUUUGAUGUUACUGUUCUAUGAUGCUAGUGGUAGGAAGUUAAUGGAAGUUGUGAUUCUGUAUAUUUGAUACAUGUUUGUUGUAAAGUCACCAAAUUGGUUUCCUAAUUGGCUGAUUACUGUGGUUUUGGUGGUUAUGCUGUCGUUUAACAGCGGAAAGGAUAAAAAUCUCUCGGAGGCCAGUGGAAUAUCUAGAAAAGCUGGUGGGUAAUUGGGCCAUUUGUUUUGUUGUGACAUCUAACCGUGUGAUGUUCUGCUUGUGACUGG